GUGGUUCCGGGGAAAUAUGGAGCCGCUACAGAAGCUGGUGGACAAUCUGCGUGCUGUGUUGGGGAAACUGAGAGAUGGUGAAUCCAGAGAAGGCAGCAACUUCAAUCCACAGUUCUGGGAAACACUGGGACAAGCAAUUAAAGCAACUUCUCAAGAGGCCACUAAAAUUAGCCUGGCUUACUCCAAGCCUCCAUUGCCAUCGGAAGAAGAUUGUCAAAAGUUAAGUGAUGGGCUUCUCAAUGCUAUUUUAGCAGCUUCAACCUUAUAUUACUCGUUGCCCAAGAAUCAAGGUAUAACCCUCCGAAAGACAGUUAGAGAAGCAGUAGCAGACGUGAUAGAGGGCACCAUGCAACUCCUAGAAGUGAUCUUAAAUUCUCGUAUACAAAGUCUAACACAGGCACAGCUGGUAUCCACAGGCAGUGUGUGGGAGGCUUGUGACCAGUUUGAGCAGAUUCCUAAAGAUAACCAUGCUGCUGUCGUAAUUAUUGUAUCUGGAUAUCUGGGUGUAGUCAAGGAUGCCCUAGAAGAGAUGGAACAGGCUCUGGCAGGCGGUGAGGACCCCUUCAGUGAUGUCCUCGAGGAUGAUGAAAUGGGUGCUCGUGGAAAUCAGGAUACUUACUGGUCCGAGGCAGACCACAGGCUUAUUGCUCCAUGCUUGGGCCUUAUGAAGGCCUCUAAAGCCUGUCUGAAGAAGGUUCUGGGAGCCCUAAAGACUCAUGGGAAGGUGGAGACGGCAGAUCAAGUGGCACAGCUGGACGACUUGGCCGAUAUUACACAGGAAGUGAGCCCCAGUGUGGAUGAAUUGGCUCUGAGUAUGUACCCUCCAAUGAAUCAAGCAGCUGUUCGCCUUAAUGCUGCAAAGUUGUCCUCUGUGCUGAAGAAAGUGCUGGAGAUCACAAGGUCAAGCCAUGUAUGUCCCGACAGUGAAACCAGUUGGGUGCCGUUUCUCAACAAUGCCAUUGACCACAACAUGAACAAAGUUAAAAACCUAACCCAGAAUGCUCUCUGAUGGAAGAACGUCUUCUUACUCCAAAUCAGUGGAU